AUGGUGCUAUUAGCUAAGUACAUUUGGGCUAUAUCCUCUAAACAGGAUAUUCUUUGGGUGAAAUGGAUAGAUGCCAUUUAUCUUAAAGGGCAAAAUAUUUGGGAUUGCAAAGUUCAUUCAGAUGUGAGUUGGUAUUGGCGUAAGUUAGUUAACUUGAAAUCUGUCGUCAAUGCUGAGAUGUUGGAGAAGGCAGCUAAGAACAACAAGAUUAAUAUUAGCAAGCUUUAUCAGGAGAGCCAUGACCAUCUGUUUUUUCAGUGCCAGUUCUCUCAGCAAGUGAGAAGCCGAGUUGCUGAGUGGUUGGGUAUUGAUAUCUGGCCGGUUCAAUUUAAAGAUUGGAUUGCUUGGAUGGUGGGGAAGUCGAAGGGUCUGCAGCAAAAACUGUUGGCAGCUGUUUUAGCUGCUUCAGUUUAUAUGAUUUGGUGA